CCCACAUAUUGGAAACUGUUGCGGUAUGCCGCUUACACAGCAAAUACAAUUUCCCCCACAUACGCACACUGGGAGACGUAAAGAACACUCGUAGCAUGUAUCUUUCGUGUUCAAAGGCACACUUACAGAUACAUAUAUUCUCUCUGUUGUGUUACGGUUGUCAAAGCAGACGGCAGUUUUGGAAGAGCUCUGAACCAAUGCAGUCGCGUCUAAAAUUUCGGCUAAGUCGAUGUGGCAUUUAAAAAAUCGUUAGGCGAACACAUAGAGUUGAUCAUAUGUAUAUUUACUUAAUGGAAAGGUUUAAUUAUAAUUAAAAUAUCCCCUGUGAAACAAAAUAAUACCAACAUUGCUCUGAGAAGCACCAAACAAAAUACGCUGCACUCAAGAGUUAAAUAUUUAUAAAAACUUACCAGUGACCUACACAGGAAAUGUUUAAAUUGCAAAAUGUGAAAUAAUAUUUUGAAUGAUACCGAGUAGACUUCACAUGAAACGGAUGCCUAACAAUAAAAAUGUACCAAAUGAGAAAUUUCGUAAAUACCUGUGCGUAUAAGUUAUCCUGUAUGAACUACAUAUAAAUCAAGCAUUACAUUACCAUCGCGUCUCGAGAACAUUUAGUUAAAUGUGUACUUGGCUACACACAGAUAUCCUCUGUAAUGUAUCUGGGGUAAAACUAUUGCUAGUGCAAUGUUAGUGCAUUGAAUAUGUACAUAUGCACAUACAUAUCAUGUACAUAUAGGGAAAUGCUGAUAAUAAUAAUGGAAAAAAGCUAUUACAAUUAACACAGUAAAAUUAACAUAAGUGAAAAUAUCCAACGAGAAAUGUUAAAUAAAUAAUAAACGCUACAAGUUGCCAAGGGAAUCGUUUGAAGAUAAAAAAAAAAUAACCAACAUGAAAAAUGAUGAUGCCAAAGUAUUCAAAUUUCAAUGGCGACUUAAAGUUAUCGGGUAUAAAAAUCUACAAAAUCUAACAAUGACUGUAAAGCUUGAACUAUGUCAAUUCAACAAUAAUACAUACUGUUGACUCUGAUACAGCAUAUAUGGCUCUCCAUUCACAGUUGGAGUAUCAAAACAUUUUAAUUACACCUCUGAUGUAUGUGGCCACUACAUUCCUUGCCACAAGCGGCGUUAUUGGAUUGCAGCACAACGUUUCUAUUGGUUACGAUAACUUUCUAGAAACAUGGAGUAUUGGCAAUUGGAGUUUGUCACCAACGUCAUAUACAUCUGGCAUCCCAUCGUUGCAGUCAAAACUAAAUGAGUCUGGAAAUUUCGGAGAUUCAGUGCCUACCCUAACACUUUUCAAUUACUACAAUGAAUCUGCGACGGCGACGGCCGAAUGGGCCCACUUCUACGAUCUCAUUCUUUCGUGGCAGGGCAUUUGCUUGAUUGCUGUGUUCUGCACGUUUAUCAUUGUCACCGUUAUUGGCAAUACACUCAUUAUAUUAGCUGUUUUGACCACUCGAAGACUUCGAACGGUUACAAACUGUUUUGUUAUGAGUUUAGCGAUAGCUGAUUUACUUGUAGGGAUUUUCGUUAUGCCGCCAGCAGUAGCUGUACAUCUAAUUGGUUCCUGGCAACUCGGCUGGGUACUCUGCGAUAUUUGGAUAUCCUUUGAUGUCUUGCUAUGUACAGCAUCUAUUUUGAGUCUGUGCGCCAUCAGUGUUGAUAGAUACCUUGCUGUUACACAGCCACUUACUUAUUCUCGGAAACGGCGUUCUAAGCGCCUCGCGCUUUUAAUGAUUCUUAUCGUUUGGAUCCUGGCAUUAGCAAUUACUUGUCCUCCCAUGUUAGGAUGGUAUGAACCUGGACGACGAGACCUAAGAGAGUGUCGUUACAACCAAAAUGAAGGAUAUGUAAUUUUCUCAGCGAUGGGUUCAUUUUUUAUACCAAUGGCUGUUAUGAUUUAUGUUUAUGCAAAGAUUUCUUGUGUAAUUGCAAAGAGACACGACAAUAUGACUGACAUUAAUGUCCAUAACAAGAAAUUUAAACGGUAUACCGCCGCCGACGUUGAAAAUGAAUUCUCCGAGCAGGAACAUAGUACGGGCUACAAAAGCAAACAGGCUGCUGCGCAAACAUUCUUCAACCAAACAAUAUCUAAGGAUCUACAUGAAAUUGUACUUAGCGAUAGCGACAAUCUUGGAGUAGCAACAUCAGGUGGAGCUAAUGCUGGAAAUUGCCAGACCUUGCUGGCUCUGCCAUCAACCAAUAGUGCUAGUGGAAAAAACAGUUGCUAUGAAUUAACUCGACCAUCUUCAUUGUCUCUGAAACGGACGUCUACCGCUUCUACGACUAUAACCACAAUGGCAAGCGGUGUAGGUCCCAGCAGUAGUUUAUUAGAUGCGCCAUGGCAAGCCCAGCCACAACAACAACCGCCAACUCAUACCUUUCGGCAUUCGCAUCUGAGUGUGGGUGGUGGAGACAGGCUGCGUGGCCACCAUCAUCAUUCGUCUGCAGGAUCAGGAACGGCUGAUGUAUCCACCACUACUUCAACCAAUAUUAAAUCUCUGUCGAACCGCAUAACAUCCCUGAAAAAGGAAAACAAAACAACCCAAACACUAAGCAUUGUCGUUGGUGGUUUUAUCGCCUGCUGGCUCCCGUUUUUUGUCUACUAUCUUAUAACACCGUUUCUGGCCGAGCACCAGGUCAGUGGCACGUUGGCCAAGGCUCUUACCUGGCUCGGUUGGUUCAAUAGCGCAAUCAAUCCUUUUAUCUACGCAUUUUACAGUGUCGACUUUCGUGCCGCCUUUUGGCGCUUAACCUGUAAACGAUUUUUUAGUGACGACCAAAAGCCACAAUUUCCCACAAACACAAUGUCUAUUAGGCGAUAGUCGUGGCGUGUCGCCACCUUACAUUCCUCCCAUACACCCACAAUAAUGAUGAUAUUAGGGAUAGGGCUUGGCGACAUGGCAACAUUUCCUACAAUAUUGCUUUUAGAUUAUAUAUGUAUAUCUAGAAAUUGCUAAAGACAAAAAAUAUUUAAAAUUAUAUUUAUGGAUCCCAGCUGGUUUGUUGAAGUUUUAUUCAAAGAAUAUUAUUUAUAUAAUUAUAUGAUGCUAUAUGAAACAAGUAUUAGCCAGUUUUCAUUUAAGAUUAGCAUAUAGACAUAUACACACAUGCAUGUUUCACUCUAAAGAUGAGCAUACGAAUAAGCACUUGGUGCAACUGUGCCUACGUCGAUAAUCAACAAGACAAACCAAAUUUUAGACAAAGGUCAUUAAUUAUAUUUUUGGUUUAUACGUACAUAUUAUACAUAAAAAGAGAUGUAUAUAUUUUAUAAAUAGUAGUACCUAUACACUUUUUGAUAUCUUACCAACCUUUUAAUGAGAUUUUCCUUACAACAUCAACUUCCACAAGAAACAUAGUAGUAUUGUUCUUUGUAUAUAUAAUAGUUGAAAAUAAAUAUAUACACGCAUUACAUUAUAAUUGUGAUUUACACCUUAUUAAACCAAUUAACAUUUAAAAUUUAGAUGUAGUGACAUUUCUUAGAUGAAUGCCGAAAAGAAACCAAAAAAUCCAGUCAAUUGUGAAUAAGUAGAAGUAAUCUUGGCAGCUAUAUUCGUAGUAAAAAUUAAAUCUGUAGAUAUACAGUAUGUCAAUACAAUUUAAGAAAUUCAAAAAUGAAAUUUCUGCUCACUGACAACUGAAUAUCAUUUUCAUAAUAUUUCUUAUAAAAUACCCAGAAACAUACUAAACAAACGGAUAAGAGCUACAAAUCGGACGAAACUAAAAACCUCGCCUUUACAACUUCCGACUCGCAUUAAUCAUCAAAAAAGUCAAAUUAAUUUUCAUUAAAAUAAUUUUGGUAAGCCCCUAUUACGGGGUGGAAUUUUCAAAACCGCUGAAUCACGUCUUCAUUGACUUUUUUCAUAAAGAUUUUUGAAAAUAAAUUCAAACGCGUAACUUCAUCCACCAUACCCCCACUUAUAUACACCCCUUAAAUUGCAAUUUUUCACAAAAGUAAUGUAUCAAUUCUAAAUUUAAUUAAAUAUUUUCUAACUUCUUCAUGUUGACUAGAAUAUUAGUUUGAUCAAGGUAUUUAACAUACAACAUGAUAACCAAAAAUGUACAUAUAUUUUUACAAGGACCAGAAAUGUCUCCCUUAGCCUUAUUUGAAUAAUUAUACUUAUGCAUUCGCCAAUCUGGGUAAGAAAAAUCUCGGAGCCGAGCACCAUUCUUAAUUUUAGGGAUAACAGUGAUAUAUUCUUUGUAUUCUAUACAAUAAUUAAAAUGCCUAAUUUGAUUUCUGUAUGUCGUAUACUUUACAUCGGUAAUAUCCUAUUUUGAAGAAGCCGGAAGUUAGCGACAAAAUUGGAUUUACUUAAUUUUCGAAUGGUAACUUAGCACUAUAUCUAUCUUAUUGUAUCUAAGGUCGGAGGGCAGAGCAUGUACAAGUUUUGGACUCAUAUCAACUGGAUAAUCCAUCUCAAUUAAGUGAAUCCACAAAAAUAAGUGAAAUUAAGUAAAUAAAUUAGCAUUUAAAUAAAUUUAUUUAUUUUGUACGUGCUCUUACCUAUGUUUUAAUUUAAAUAAAUACUAUGGACUUUCUAAGCAAUUAACA